AACACAACGACUAUCCUACGCACGACCCCCCUUACCAACGAACUUACCUCCGCUCUCCUCAGGUCCCGCCCCGCCGACGGUCCCCCCCCCCAACGCGCGCCCCCCUCCCCCUCAACGCGUACAUGCUGCACAAUCUGGCUCACAUCGAGCUCAACGCCAUCGAUCUCGCCUGGGACACCCUCGUGCGCUUCUCCCCCCUGCGCGCGCAACUAGGGGAGGCGUUUUUUGCGGACUUUGCCCACGUGGCGGACGACGAGAGCCGCCACCUGGGCUGGGUGCUGCAGCGGCUGGCGGAGCUGGGGCACGCAUACGGCGACAUGCCAGCCCAUGAUCUGCUCUGGAGGGACGCCCUGAAAACGUCUGGUGACGUCACGGCCCGCCUGGCGGUGGUCCCGAUGGUGCAAGAAGCGCGGGGCCUCGACGCGGGGCCGCGACUGGUGGACCGGCUAAAGGAGAUGGGCGACGCCAGGUCCGCGCUCAUCGUCGAUAAGAUUGCGGAAGAGGAGCUUGCCCACGUGGCAGUCGGCGUCACGUGGUUCCUGCACGUCUGUCGGCGGUCGGGAGUGGACCCCGGGGAGAGCUUCCAAGGUUUGAUACAACAGUACUGCCAGGACACCCUGAAGGGCCCGUUCAACCACGCCGCGCGCGCCGUGGCGGGGGUCCCACGCCACUGGUACGACACGUCGGCGCCACCCCCCCAAAACGGAAAGCACUCCUCAGCGCUCGAGUCCAAGGCCAAACUGGAGGCGAAACGACGGGGUGCGAAGCUUUUCGGGGAGGAGGGAAUGGUUGGGUUGGAGAGGGGGUCGGAAAUGGGGGAGCAGAGCGAGAGAAGCAAUGUCGAAAGUAGUGGGGUUUUAAACGAGGUAUGCGGUCCAAAUGAGUUUGAUCUGAGGGAAGUACUCGUCGAAGGGGAGAAAUCAGAAACUAGGUCGGGGACGAGCGGACGAGGAAUGGCAGAUGGGGCUGGACAAUCGAAGCCGGAGGCGGACAAAAAAUUUCGAAGAGAAGAACGGAAAGGGUCAGUAGGAGUGAGGGAAGCUGAAGUUGCUGAAUCCAAGGCCUGGGCGAUCAGAAGCGAUUUGCAUUUGGCAGAAACGGAAAGCCUCGCGUCGGGAAGCGAGGACGUGCGCGCUUCAGAGCAGGAGUGGCAACGGAGUGAAAGCUUGAUAGAAACGGAACCAGAAGCAGGACCAUUUUUGGAAAUCGGCGAGUCAACAGUUGUGGAAAAACAAAUAGGGAUACAUAUGACGCACUUGUCUAGAAUCCAACCGUUGGGUGACGGCCAGGAAAAUUCCCGUCGCUCUAGUCGCUUUGAAGAGGACUUCAGAAAAUCAGCCCAGCAAGAAUUCAGUCCAACAAGAAAAACGGACACUCCGGGCGACUUCAGGAGCGGCGAAAACAGAGGGGGCGAAGCUGCAUCUGAUGCAAAAGGGGUUCCGGUUGAGGACAUCGAGGCCCUCUCUCAGGUACGAGAACGUCUUGCGUUGUUGGUUGCCAUGGAGCAAGAGCGAGCAUCUGCUUGA